ACCGGGCUGGGCUUGGGAAAAUGUCCAAUCAGCUAGCAGCAGGCGCAUGUGGGUUGAGCCAGUCAGCAUCGCGUGCUGCGGGUGGAAAUGGGAAAAAGAAAGAGACAACACCUGGGGAGUAAUUUGACCAAGAAACAGAAAAAUCAUCUGCGGGAAUUCGGGGAGCAACACCCCUUUCAUGAUGAGAUUUUGGAAAAAGCAGCGCCAGCUCAGAUUGUUGAUCUGGCCGACAGCUCCGAGCAGUCUGAUUCAGGGAGCGAUGUAGAAUCUGGUAUAGAACGGAUGACUGCCUACCAACAUCUGUGUUCCACCUUAAAAAAUGUUGCAGAGGAUCUGCACUCUGAUUCUGAUAGUGACAGUGAAAGUGAAUUUGAAGAAGUGGUGAAGGAGACGACUCAAGAUGAUGAUGAUGAGGAGGAGGAGGCGGAAGAGUAUGAUGAUAAUGAAAUUGGUGACAAAAAUGACCCAGAAGAAAGAGAUGCAUUCAAUAAAGCUGAAACGACAAGCUCUACUACAGGGGAAGAAUUUGCCAAGAAUGAGGUGGCACACAGUGAUGAAAUUGAAAACGACAAUGACCUCGAAACUGAUUUCACUGAUGUGAAAAAUGAAGCUAAAUUCUGUUUAGAAAGUAAUUUAAUUGGAGAUGAAAGUCAAGGUGAAAGUGAAGAAGUUGCUUAUGUAAACAGUUUUGAAGACCCAUUUAAGCAACAUAUGGACACAGAGCUAGAGGAAGAUGAUGUGAAAACUAUAACAAAGGUUCAUAGUACAACACAGUCCAAGUGGACUACCCUUGGGCAGUUAGUAUGGUCCAGUCGCUUACCAAAAUAUUCUCUUAUUAAAGAGUUGUCAGAUGACAGUUCAAAAAAUCUCCAUCUCCAUAAACCCCUGGAAACAACAUGGCCUACGGUCAAUGCUCAAUUCCUUUCAACAGAGGAUCAACUGAAUCAAGAAGAAUUUUUCAUGCCACUUCAACAAGGACUCUUCCGAAUAAUGAAUAAUUACAGAGACAUAUAUUAUCCAGAAAGGACUGCUAUUGGAAAUGGAGAGCAAAUUCGCCGUGUCUAUUGUUUACAUGUGAUGAAUCAUGUGUUGAAAGCAAAUUCACAGGUGCUGAGCAAUAAUGCAAAGUACCAAGAACAAAAGGCAGAAAUUGAUGAUGGCCUAAGGGAUCAGGGACUUACAAGACCUAAGGUACUUAUUGUAGUGCCAUUUAGAGAGUCGGCUUUAAGAGUGGUGCAAAUCUUGAUUAGUCUUCUUGAUGUGAAAGACAAGCUGGAAGUGAGCAACAAGAAAAGAUUUAAGGAUGAAUAUGGCUCUAGUCCAGAAGAUAAACCGCCAAAUCUAAAACGACCUGAAGAUUAUGAAGCUAUUUUUGCUGGCAAUAUUGAUGAUCACUUUCGAAUAGGUGUGGCCAUUCUUCGUAGGAGUAUGCGAUUGUAUGCACCGUUUUAUUCUAGUGAUAUCAUCAUUGCUUCUCCCCUGGGCUUGCGGACAAUAAUCAAAGCUGAGGGUGACAAGACCAGGGAUUUUGAUUUCCUCUCUUCCAUUGAAAUACUAAUUAUUGACCAAGCUGAUAUCUAUCUUAUGCAAAAUUGGGAGCAUAUCGUGCACCUACUGAAACAUCUUAAUCAGCAACCCCAUGAGCCACAUGGAGUGAAUUUUUCCCGAGUGCGGAUGUGGAGUCUGAAUAAUUGGUCCAAGUAUUACAGACAGACUUUGAUUUUCAGCGCAUUUCAGGAUCCACAGAUUAACGCUAUUCACAGUAAACACUGUUUCAAUUACAGAGGACAGGUGACUGUAAGUAACCUACCUAAAACUGGUUCAAUCUGCCAUGUUGUUAUGCAGUUGCCACACGUUUUCCAACGACUAGAUGUCUCCAGCUUCACAGAUCUGCCUGAUGCAAGGUUUGAAUUCUUUAUCAAGAGUAUUUUGCCUCAAUACAGAGAAGCAGUUAUGUCCCACACCUUAAUUUACAUACCGAUAUAUUUCGAUUAUGUGCGACUGAGAAACUACUUGAUCCGUGAAGAAGUAAAUUUUUCUCAUAUUUGUGAAUACAGCAAAAAAUCCACUAUUAAUCGAGCCAGAUAUCAUUUCCUGAAAGGGGAGAAACCUUUCCUCUUAUUCACUGAACGUUUCCAUUUCUACAAAAGGUACGCAAUUAAGGGCAUCAGACAUCUUAUUUUCUAUGAGCUUCCUACAUAUCCGCAUUUCUAUAGUGACAUUUGCAACAUGCUAAACCCAGAAAAUAGAGGUGAUGAAGCAACGUGGACUUGCACUGUUUUAUAUUCCAAGUAUGAUGCUCAGAAGCUGACCCGAGUGGUGGGAGCAGAACGUGCUGCGCAAAUGAUUCAGUCUAAGAAAUCAGUGCAUUUGUUUGUAACUGGAGAAGACUCUUAACAAAUUGAGGACUAGCAAUAUCCAGCAAUUUUGUAAUCACUGAAAUCAUGAAAUUUGAAAUGAAAACAAAAUGCUGCAGGUGAAGCAGCAUCAAUGGAGAGAAGCAAAGUUAAUGUUUCAGUUCGCUGAUAACAUAUUAUUUUCUAUUCACAAAUGCUCCCUGACCUGCUGAGUAUUUAUACUUUGGCCUUAUUCUACAUUGUUUGCCUUUUUAACUCCAAGGAUUUAAUACUCAGUUGAUCUUUCUACCUCCAUUAAUGUAAAAAUGGCACAUUAUGACUUUUAAUUUAACUUGUGUUUUCUCACAAAUCCGUAAGUGUAAGACUAUAUUCUGGAAACAUCCUGAGAUUAGAUUAAUAGAAAUAAACAGCAAACAGAAAAUUCUAGUGCUUUCAAAUAAACUGCAGUUUUGUUUAUAAUUUUC